AUGUCUCACGGACCACCUCCGCCUCCUCCGCCUCAUGGCGCCCCUCACCAAAACACUUUCAACAACUUCUACGGUUUCAAUCUCGAUAUCGGUUCUCUCCCUGAUAUGACAGGCAGCCAGAUGGGCGCUGGUGGUCAGGAUAACGAUAUCAUGGCCAUGCUUGACAGUAAUAUGCUUGGCAGUAUUGACGACGUCUCCAUGCUCGAAACCCCCGAUGAUUCCAACAUGAACGGCUCCUACGGUAACGGCCAACAAUCCACAGAAGAAUCUGUCGCGAGAGCCGAAAAUCAAUUCAACACUGCGGCCAACAAUGUACCUGGCGCAGGGCCCCUACCAGCCGGCGCGUUCGCACAGAUGAAUCUUGCCGGUGCCAGCACCCUCACUGAGUUUACGAAGCGAAGAAACUGGCCCGCCAAAGUUGUAGAAGAGCUCAGGGACUUUUUACAGAUUCUUGAUGCCAACGGUCGCAUCAAGUAUGCGUCACCGAGUAUUCUACAGGUCACCGGAUAUAGCGUGGAGGAGAUUCAAGAUAUUUUUCUGAAGGAUCUGAUUCACCCCGACGAUCGAGGUGUUUUCGUCGCAGAGCUCAACGAGUCCAUCGCCUCCGGCAACCCUCUGCGAAUGUUUUAUCGCUUCAAGAAGAAGGAUGACGAAUAUGCGAUUUUUGAGACGGUCGGCCAUGCUCAUAUUGCAGGCGCCAAAUUCGCCCCUAACCCCAAUAAUCAGUCACCCUUCUGCCAGGCUGUUUUUAUGAUGGCGCGUCCUUAUCCGACCAAGAAUGCCGGACUUUUGGACUCCUUCCUGGAACACAAGAUCGAAAACGAACGAUUGAAACGACGCAUCGCCGAGCUUCGUCGCGAAGAGGAGGCUGAAAAUGACGAGGCGCAGAAGCAAUGGAUGCAGAGUCAGGAGGGCCGGUCAGACAUGACGCCUUCCGAAGGAACAGGCGUAUCAUCGGGAACUUUCUACCGCCCCAGUAGCGAAAGAGGGAUGUCAGAGGCCGAUCGUGCUGCUCUCAACAAGGCACUCACACGCGAGAAUCUCGAGGGCUCUGGAGGUAAUCGCCAAGACUCGCUUAAAGACAAAAUGGCACGUUACGAAGGGGCCUCUCAUACCGACACGAUUGAGAUGCUUACUGGGUUGCGAUAUAUUGAAGGUGAACGCAGCAGGGGGAUUACAACGGGUAAUGCAAGCCCUACUUUAAUCAAGGGUGAUGCAGGUAUCGCGAUUCCAAUGGAGCGAGAUCCACGCACUGGCGAUAAAAAAAAGAAGCUUAAGACUUCUGAGGAAUACGUCUGUACCGAUUGCGGCACAUUGGAUUCUCCGGAAUGGAGAAAAGGACCCCAAGGACCGAAAACCUUAUGCAACGCCUGUGGAUUACGAUGGGCUAAGAGGGAGAAAAAGAGGACCACCAGCCAUCCCCCGACAGUGGAUCAAUCGGUUGCUUAG